AUGGCUUAUGGCAUAGAUGCGUUUUCUUUCCUCAACAGGAAGUUCAAAGUGUUCAUUUUGCUCAUUUUUGGAACAAUUUUAGUCGGUAAGUGAAGCGAUUAAAUCUGGAAACGUAAGUAGCCUGCCUUAUCUUAUGGUGAUAUUGAAAGGCACACGUGUAAAAUGAUUUGUCCGUCUUCUCUUGACUUCCACAAACAUGCCAGGUGAUGACUGUUUUUCAUAUCUUCUUUCCUAGUAAGCUGGGCAACAGUGAAUCGUAACAGAAGUGUUGUUGCAAAUGAGGCAAGGUGAGCCUUAAGAGUUGUUAUGACAUAAUGAUUUGGUACCAUGUAGGUAUAUUGCCUCCUGUGAUCAACAGUUGAUCGUGUUUCGAUUCACGAUACAUGUCUAACCAAAGCUUUAAUUUUAAGUUUAAACUUACAGAUGGAUAUGAUUGAGCGUUCACCUCAUUAGAUAUUUGUGCUCUUUUGUUAUUAUUGUGGUAAUCUGGCGCUUACACGAAAGGAUGCAUUCUGUUGUUAAUUUAUGUUAUCUUUCAAAGUUGUACUUGUUCCAGCUCAUUGAUCGGGUUAUCUCUGGGCAGAUUCAGUUAAUUGUAGUUACAAAUAUAUAUAAGACUAGCAGGGUCUGUAACAUAAAUAUGAUUGUGUCUCUUGCUUUUUCAUUCUUUUAGUUAAAACAGUACAUGGAGGUCGCUUUCUUGCUUUGAGACAUAUUCUUUACUUUUUAUUAUUUUUUGACUGAAUCCCUGAUCCGCAAAAAUUAGGUGAAUAUGUUAUGAGAUUGGGCUGCCUGACAAGAUUCUUGGUCCAUCAGGAUUCUGCAGGGUGAAAAAAAGCUUACAGCUGUUUUUUUAUAGGUCAAAUCUCUUCUUUCUUUUACAAUUAACAAGAAUGCAUAUAAUAUGUGUAAUACCCUAUGGCCAGAGCUAGCACCACACCAUAACUGAAAAAUACAGUCCACUAAUGUGAUAACUCAUUUUUAUUGCUAGUGACAAAUUUUAAGGGUGAAAAAUAGGUUGAAGAGUUAAAACUGAAGUCUAGGCACUUACAUAUAAACAAUAGCCUCCAUUUGGUGCAAAAAUAUACACAGAUAUUUGUCCACAAGCAUUAUUUGUUCUAAGAUGCGAAUAGCUUUUGGAGAGAAAAGCUUGAGGAAAACUGUGAGCUUUAAGGAACAGAUUAUGUCCAAGGACAAACAUAUUUUCUCACUAGAUGAUUCAAUUAGGUAAUGCAUUUAGGCCGAUCAUAUGUGAGCAAAAGAUAUUUGUUGCAUUGUAAAUGUUGGUUUGUAGGCAUAGGCUAGCGAAGGCAACUAGUCAGUAUCCAUCGCAAUCUUUAAUCUUUUUAUGGUUCUUGAAAUUAAGGACUACACUCUAUAGAGUUUGAACUGGGAGUACAAAUCAUGCACUUUGGAUGAGGUGUAAAGUAUGUACUGCAGCCUAAGGGCUGAAGGUUCCACUUUUUCAUCCAACCACAAACAGGUCCUCAUACCCCAUAGUUUACUGCACAUGUAUAUUAGGAAAAACUCCUGGGAUGUUCAUCUUCCACUCAAAAGAAAACUCCUUUACAUAUAUAGAUAUGCUUAAUAAAUAUUAGUGAUUAUUUAAGGUACAAAUUUUAAACAUGAAGUCAAAAUGAUUUGUAUUUCUUGCUCCACCAGGAUAUCCCAAAGAGUUCUUGAGGAUAUGAAGGAAAAUUUACAAAAAUAUAAUAUAGAGGUACAAGUUGUCUUGAACUGAGAUAAUUCUGGCCUUUGCUUUAUAAGCUGGGAAGAAGACAAUAAGUAAAAGCUGAUUUAUUAUACAGCAGUAGCUUGCUUGUGAAAAACCUCUGGAGAAGUCUGUAUCAUGGAAUGGUGCUAGAUAGACUUGAUAUUUUAUGAUAUAAUAGUCAUAUUUUUUUACUAAUGGAUAUACCUUCUUUUCAGACAUUUGAUGAAAAAUUGAAGCCACUUGAGUUAAGAAUUGCCAAUUUGGAAAACAAGUAUGUUACAUUUGGUUUCAGUGCUAUGAGUAGAAAUAGUGAUGGCUUGUUUUACUGUUUGUAUUAAUAACUGUUAAAUUUAAUACUAGCAUUGUUAAGAAUAAUCUUUUUCAUUUCUUCUAAACAGGGAAAGAAAAUAUCCUCCAGUAAAAUAUUUAUCUGAAAAAGAUCGCAAGAGAAUAUUAGUAAGUCUUGUAAUAUUCUGUUUUGGUUGUAGACCAGACUAUCAUAUCCUUUGAAAUAGUUUUUACUUAAAUAAACUGAGAUGUUAGUAGCACCCUGAUUGGUCAGAAACCUAUCAUUUAUUUCACAGGUAAACCCACAGAAAAUUUAGACAUUAUAAGUUUAUUUUAUAUAAGCGAUAGACUGCAUUUUCUUCUGGUUUGCUGGCAUAGUAACAACAUGAUAACUACAAAGGUUUGUAAAUCACAUGCUUACAGCUUGUAUUUUGUGCAUUAACCCUUUAACUCUCAAGAUCUCAUUGGUAAUUCUCCUUACUAUCUGCCAAAUGAUUCUCAUUAUGUUAGUUUGGAGAAUUUGGUAUUAUAUCAAUCAGUAAUCCGAUAAUUGAUAUUUUUCUUUAUUCUCAUUACUUGUCUGCAUGGUAUUGUAUAGAAUGAUAUAGUAAGGAGAAUUUCUGUCUUGGUCACUCAUGGGAAUUAAAGGGUUAAACUUUUCUUGUGUUCUCCCAACCUCCUGUCUGGAUUAUUUUGCCAGUAAACUUUUAGAGAGUGUGGUUUAUUGCUGAACCCUAUACACCCUAAGAUCAGUAUGCAUAGUCUCCAUACCUUCUCUAUACAUUUCUUAAGGUUCUGAAAGGAGAAUUUGUUUAACAAUCAAGAGUUUCUUUAGUUGUUGAUCAUAUCCCUUAUUCUCAUGACCUUAAUGUUUUAUUCAGGGGUGAUAUUGUAAGGAGAAAUUAGUUGCCAGUCACUCUAAGGGAGUAAAGGGUUAAUUGAACUAUGAACUAUCAAGUGAAGUCAUAUCUUUGCUGUAAACUACUGUAAACUGCAAAAUAAUGCAGCAACUCAAAGAGUUCAAAGUUCAUGAACACACUGUUAAAAUUGCUGAAGAUGUUGAGAGUGGAGCUGAGUAAUGUAUGUUAAAAUUGAAAUCACCCAAGUUAGAAUAAACAAUCUUCUGGUUGUAAACUUGUUUAGAGGGCUGUUUCUGUCUGAUAUAAAUUUUUCUAUCCAACCUGGAAGAGGGGUUUGCUUUUGCUAUGUGAACUGUAAAAAUGCAUUGCAAAUGAUGAGUUAUUAAGUAAACACGCAGUAAGUGUUAUUCUAUACAAGGUAGCCUCUCAGCAACAAUUUAAGAUUACCCACAUGUAAUUUUAAGUUACAAAGUUAACCAAUGGGUAGCAUUUAGAGUAAAGAACAGCUUUAGUUCAGAAGCACGUAACAUUUGCCUUGUUUGUACAUGUUUAUUAUAAAUUGUAACAUUGACAUUUAGGAAUCUAUUCAGUUUAGAUUUAUGUAGUUUAUGUUGGUUGUUGCCAGGUGACAGGUGGGGCAGGAUUUGUUGGAUCUCAUCUGGUUGAUGCUUUACUUAUGGCUGGCCAUGAGGUAUGCUAUAACUUAGUUAUGAAGUAAAUACCUCUCUCUAACUGAAUUCUAGGUCUUUCAGGUUCUUCAGUGUUUUUCCUUCCAAACAGAAAGGCUUCAAAUGACUGGUCAAUUACAAAACAAAUCAGCUUGGAAUUUUUGCAUAGUCAUUGGUGUAUAUAUAAACAAAAUUUAAAGGAAGUAAAAAAUGAAAGAAAUUUUAAUUUUUUGCGGUAAAGUUAAGAAAAAAUGAGGAUAAAUAACAAUGGAUUUUAGCUAGAAGAGCAGCUUUUAAGUUAAGCAAGUUGUGCAACAAAGUACACCCCACUGAAUUAAAGUUAUGACGAAGGAAUUAACUAGUUUGAAAUUGAUACAGGCAACCAUGUGACAUGACAAACUCCAAAAUGACACUCAGCUGGAAAUUCAAGAACCAAUAUUUUUUUUAUUUGUUAUCAAAAUUCAUACACAUUGGUCCCUAUCUCUAUUAAAAUUAUAUUUGAUUUUAUUAAUCUUGAUUUUGGAAAACAUUUGCAUAAGGCUAACUGCAACUUGUUCCUGAAGUGAAUUUCUUAUUUCAUAAGUUAGACUUAAAAAAUUUUUGUGAAAUUUUGUCUAGGCAUUUUGUUGAGUUUGAGAAAUAUUAAUUGACUGCAGCCUGCUGUGAGUGUGUCAGAGUAAUACUAAGAUCUCAGUAUGUUCCCCAAGUCAUGUGACUCUGUCACCAUCUAUUAUCAUCUUGAUUUAAAGUAAAUAAUAUACAAAGUCUAUAUCAACUAUUAAUCCUAAUGACCCAAUUAAUUUUGGAUUAAUUUCUUAGUACUAAAUGGUGCCUUUUUGAGCUUGUCAUAAAGGCAUUACAGCCUUGUUUCUGAGUCUGCAUUUUUAUGACUGAGAUCAAAAGGAUUACAGAUUGAGAUUUGAAAAUUAUCAGUUUGGCAGUUUAAAGAAAUGUUUCUUUCUCAAUAAAAUUCAUUUCAAGCUAGGACAUACGCUUGGUCGGUAUAUCCACCAUAUUACCCCUUCUGAUAAUCAAGUUCUUUUCAUUUUAUAUAUUUUAAUGUUCAAGUUUUUGACAAUCAGUUUCACCUACAGUGCAUUAUUUACAUUGGUUUUUUAUUUAUGGCAGGUCACUGUUGUAGAUAAUUUUUUCACUGGAAGAAAACGAAAUAUUGAGCAUUGGUAAGAAGUCAAAAUCAAUUAUUAUUGAUGAGAUCUGUGAAAUAAGUGGGACCAAACUUGAACCAUUUCACUAUCUUCUGGGUUAUCAUUGUCACCACAGGGGAUAUGUGAAUCAGUCUUGCAUCAUUUUAGUAUAGUAGUUGUUACAAAAUUUAAGUUAUGUCCAUUUUUUUAUUUUUGAGCCAGGCUCUGGAAUUGUGCCAAAGUCACUCUAUAACUUAAAACCUGUUCCCCUCAAAAACAGCCAAGGGAACUAUUAAUCCUAUUUGGGGGCAAAGUUGCAAGAAAGCUUACUGGAAGAGAUAUAAUGCAAUUAAACAUUACAAGCUGAAAUGGUAACAGAGAUAGAAUUUGAUUGUACACCUCUUAAGUUCAUUUUAGACUAUUCGUCAUUCAUUCAGUGGCCUAGUCACCCAAGCUUGACGGACGCAUUUAAGAAAUUAAGAAAUGUGAACUAUAAUAAUGUUACUGAUCUUAUAUCUGUCACCCAGGAUCAGACAAAAUUGUAUCUACAAUAGUUAUGGAACUGUGUUAUCUUCUCUAAAAUGGUUUUUUGUUCUUAUUUUAACAAUGUUACAGUUAUAUUUCCAAAAAUGACUUUCCUUCAUCUCUUCUCAAAUUUAAAAGAAAAUUAAAAAAAAAAAAAUCUUAAAUUCCAGCUCACAGCCUGAAAUUAUGAUCGGUAGUUAUUUAUGUGUUACAGAUGAGUUUGCCUAUAUUAACUAUGCUAUUUAUACAAAGGUAAAUAACUUUGGAGUAAUUUUUCCAACUGAAGAUAACUUGAAAUGUAUAAGUAACAUUUUCACAUGAACUUUAUUUCAUCUUGCAGGAUUGGACAUGAAAAUUUUGAACUCUUAAAUCACGAUAUUGUGGAACCAGUUUUAUUAGAAGGUAAGUUAGUCAGAAAUCUGUCACAAACUACUUUGAACUGAUUCCUGAGGUUAGCUUGGGAUUUAUUGAUUGUUUUUGCUCAGUAAUUGUAAGUCAUAACAAGAUAACUCCCAAGAACAUCUUCAGUUGCCAACUUAGAAUACGAGUUUAAGCAAGAAUUACAUAUAUUGAUUGGAAGACCAUUAUCAAACAUAACACAAGGCAAUAGAGUGGAGCUAAUGAGGAGAGCUAGCCGAGAAGGUGUGAAACAAUCUAAUUAUUGUGAUAGUGUGGUCUAAUUAUCUGGGUGAGUGUAGUUCUGAGAAGGACUGUUGUCAGAAGUGGUGACUGAUGUUUUGACAACCUGAGUGGAAGCCAUCAUCAGAGUCAGGUGAAAAGUUGUUAUCAGUCAAAUUUACCAUUUCUGCACAUGUUACCUACAGGUUCAAACCAUUUAGUGUAGGUUAACAAGAAAGAAAACAAUACAGUAAAAUAAAACAAAUUCUUUAGCAUAACCGUGAUAGGAAGUGAGAAUGUACCAUAAAACUUAAUGAGCCAGUCAGAGUAGCAGGAUACUUAGUGUAAGAGGUCAUCACCAGUCCCAUCACAUUACUUUUGGCCAUUUUACUUCCAGCAGUGAUCAUUUAAUAAAUUCCCUUUUCAGUUUUAACACACUGUCAAGCAGAAAGAUAGUGAGAACUAAGAGAGUGAUCAUACAGGGGAUAUUGUCUUGCAAUUCUCAAGAAUGGCCCAAAAAUAAAUUUAUAGGCACCAGUUGGGAGAAUUUUCUUUUGAUCCCAGAAGUGAUGUGGUAAAUGGGUUUAUUGUAACAUUCAAUUCUAGAGUAAAAACUGAGGCUAAACAUGCACAAAUAUUUUCUUUUCAUGCAGUUGACCAGAUUUAUCAUCUGGCAUCACCAGCAUCACCUCCUAACUAUAUGUACAAUCCCAUUAAGGUAAGAGCUGCUUCUUUAAAUUUGUAAGUCCUCUAAACUCUUACAUCUCACAGUUUUUGCCUGUUACCAUGGUGUGAAUUAUUUAGUCUAUGCUAUGGUGGAGCCAAUUCACAUUCAAGCUUUGCAUUUAAGGUCAACUGCAUCAACUUUCAUUCUAGCACACUUCACAAAUUUCUCUAUGAUGUUAGUUUUACCUGCUCAGUGUCUGGCAAGUUUGCAUCUCCAAAGAUUUUGAAAUUUAUCAGAUCAUAUACAUGAUUCAAGGAACAGAUGAUUUUGUUCAAGGAGGUGAGGGUGGGAGGAGCUACACAAUCCCCCUUCUCACCCCAGGGUAUCUUUUACAUCCCCCUUCUCACCCUGGGGUAUCUUUUUACAUCUCCCUUCUCACCCCAAAGUAUCUUUUACAUCCCCCUUCUCAUCCCAGGGAAUCUUUUACAUUCCCCUUCUCACCCCAGGGUAUCUUUUACAUUCCCCUUCUCACCCCAGGGUAUCUUUUACAUUCCCCUUCUCACCCCAGGGUAUCUUUUACGUUCCCCUUCUCACCCCAGGGUAUCUUUUACCCCCUUCUCGUCCCAAGAUGUCAUUUACAUCCCCCUUCUCACCCUAGCAUGUCUUUUACAUCCCCCUUCUCACCCUAGCAUGUCUUUUACAUCCCCCUUCUCACUCCAGGGUAUCUUUUACAUCCCUUUUCUCACUCUACAUCCCCCUUCACGCCCCCAUGUAUCUUUUGCAUUCCCCUUCUGGCCCCUAUGUAUCUUUUUACAUCCCCCUUCUCGCCCCUACAUAUCUUUUACAUCCCCCUUCUUGCCCCUACAUAUCUUUUACAUCCCCCUUCUUGCCCCUACGUAUCUUUUGCAUCCCCCUUCUCACGACGCAUUAAAUCAAGCCAACUUGGAGACGCUCUCCCAACGCAGGCAGUCUAUCACAACUAAGCUUUUUGAUUCCAUCACCUGUAACUCAGACCAUAAACUGUAUAAGCUCCUGCCUCCUCAGAACAACUGUGGACUCAAUUUGAGAAGAAAGAGGAAAUUUAAUGUUCCUCUGGCUAAGAUGAAGAGACUCAUGAAUACAUUCAUAUAUAGUAAUUGUAGUUAAUCUGUGUACAUUUUUCUUAUACUUUUCUCAUACUUUUAUUAGAUUUUACAAUUGUAACGAUUAAUCUAAUUCAGCUUUUGGCUGCAAUUUUAAUCAGAAUAAACUAUCUACUUCUAGUCACCCCAAGGUAUCUUUUACAUCCCCCUUCUCACCCCAGUACAUCUCUUACAUCCCUGUCCUCAUCCAUAAACACACACACAAACAGACAUAUUUCUAGAAGGCUUUCCACUGAUAGCGGCUUGGUUUGCAUUUUUAUUACAGACAAUAAAGACAAAUACCUUGGGAACUCUUAAUAUGCUUGGUAAGGUUGAUGAUAGUCAAAAUCAUUUGCAGGAAUACAUUACUACAAACGUGGUUUAGUUUGCAUAUUUAGUGUAAACAGCCAUAACAAAUGUAUUGGUAUUUCUUUCUCUACAUAACAGAUAUUUAAAAUUAUGAUUUUUUUGACUCUUACUUUUGGUUUGCAGGAAGUUUUCAAAAAUUUAGUGAUAUGGAAGUGAAGGCCUCUGUGGCCGUCUUGCAAUUGGCCAGGAAUCAAAAUUGAUCCUUACUCAUAAAGUGUAUCCCCCUGUUUGAUUGGACAUACUGCUGACAAUCCAAUGAAAUUGGCCAAUGUACAAAUUAGUACUUGAGAAUAAGUCAAAAAUGCUUUUUUGUACCUCUCCAAUUACCUAUUGGGAAAAAAAUAACAUGUCUUUGGACAGGAAAAAUUACAGUCUAGUAUGUUUGUAUCGUAAACAGACUUGUUGUUUUCUUUGAAAGGUCUGGCUAAGAGAGUACAUGCAAGGCUUUUAUUGGCUUCAACAUCAGAGGUGUACGGAGGUAAAGAAUGCUUUUCUUGAAUCUGAUAAGUCGAUACUCUAUGCCCAUACUCAAAUUUAUUUUAUUGAAAGUCAUUUUAAACCUUUAACAUCUGGCUAACGAUUUAAUUUUAUUUUGUUUUUCAUGUUUCGUCUCUUAUUUGGUUUCUAGAUCCAGAGGUAUGUCACAGGUGUUUUUUUUUUUACAAAAUUUCUGUUCACAAAGUUUUCAUCACAACUCACGAUCUUUUGCUUUCUUCCCUGUCUUUACUAAAGGAACAUCCCCAGCGAGAGGAGUACUGGGGCCAUGUCAAUCCGAUUGGACCUCGAGCGUGUUACGACGAAGGCAAACGUGUUGCUGAGACAAUGUGUUAUGCAUACGCCAAGCAGGUACACUCUUAACUCUUUAUACCCUAACAUCAGUAUGCAUAUUCUCCAUACUGUUCUCCGUACAUUUCCGAAGAGGCUGACAAGGAGAAUUUGUUUCACAAUCAAGAGCUGCUUUAGUUGGUGAUCAUCUCCUUUAUUCUCAUGGCUUUCAUGUUUGAUUCAGGGGUGAUAUUGUAAGGAGAAAUUAGAUGCUAGUCUCUCUCAGGGGUUAAAGGGUUAAUAGAGCAAUUUUCAAUUUAGCGUCGAAAAUAAUCCGGGAUUGGUUUGGUUUUACUUAACUUUGUUCUGUGAUUGGUCCAGAAAAUUCGCGCCACUUUCUGAACCAAUCAGAUUCAAAACUAAAAUCAAUCGCGACUUGGUCACUCUUGUUUUCCCGCGCUUCUGGCAGGUUGUUGUUAUUAACUUUGGAUUCUAAUUGGCUCCUUGCAAUCUUUUCCCCAUUUCUGACUGGCUGUUGUGAUUACUUUGGUUUCAUUUUACGACGCUCUAUGGAAAUGCGCUUUAUAGAUACUGACAUAAUAUGUUGACGCUGGGAUUACAGGGUGUCAAGUUACUUCGAGAGGAUAUCCUGGUCAAAGUGAUCCGAUCGUCAAAACAAAUCCCAGCGUUUCAUUUUCUCCCUGCAAAUAUUCACUUCUUGGCAUGAAUUCGGUCAAGGAGGCAGAUGUUCACAAAAGUUCUCUAUCCCACUUGAAACGUAGGAAUUGUUGCUCUGGCCAAUUUCUUCGUCGUUUUGCAGUUACUCGUGGCUUAUUAUGUCCCGAACAUUGUGCAAAAUUUGUAAGGCAUAAACUUGUAGUCGUGUGUGGAAAAUAAUCCGAUGUUAAAAUGGUUUUGAUAUACUACGCUCUGCGUUGGUUAAAAAAGACAAAUUCCCUUCCAACUAGUCAACUGCAAAAGGAAAACAAAAACAUGAGUAGUGAUAUUCCCGCGCUACAGACCAUCUACCCAUAUUUACUCAGAUUUUUCAUUUGUUUCUUGAAAGCUUUGGUCUGAAGGACUUUAUUGUUUACUUUGGUUUUGAUACUGAUUCUAAAUCAAUAUGUGCUCUAAUAUGAAAAUGGUCAAACGUACUAAGGAGUGAAACAAAUGCUGCUUGUUAGCCUAUUGGUUAACAACAACACCGGGUCAAAAAUUGUAGAUAUUUGUAAACAUUCACUGGCUGGCACCAGUCAGACAGCUCUUUCGUUAGUUUUUCUGGGUUGAUUAAAAGUGAAAUAAAACUCCAUAUUGGCCGGAAGAGAGAGUCAAUUAAUUUGUUUUUCUUUUUUUGUUAUUUUUGUUUAAGGACCAUGUUGAAGUGCGUGUGGCCAGAAUAUUCAACACAUUUGGACCCAGAAUGCACAUGAAUGACGGUACGUCACGGUGAUGGUUCUUGUUCAUAACAAAAUGUAGUCACAAGACCAGUUUGGUAUUUUUUCCUCAAAACAGGUCGUGUUGUUAGUAACUUCAUCAUGCAAGCUUUAGAAGGGAAGCCACUAACGGUAAGGAAAUCAUGAUAUAGCUGAUUUAGUUUCUUGGGAAAUGGUGAACAAUCGUUGUCCAGAGCUGCAUGCAGAUAGACUUAAUGGUGAUGGGUGUCGCUUUUAAGGAAACUGAACUCUUUGGGCCGGUUAUUAUAACAAAUUUUAGCCGUUGUUUAACAAAACCGUUCUAAGCCAUCUUCAAUUUAGCUGAACCUUUUAUCUAAACAUUUAUUUUCGUGAACAGUGUCAGGAGGACCGGAAGCUAACAGAGGAAGGACACUGAUUUAUUUAAUGAACCAACCCUCUUUUAGAGAAUACCUAAGGCCCACUGCUGGCAUAAAACCGCGGUUUGGGUUAGACAUCGUGUAAAUAACCAGCCCUUUGUGUUCAUUGCUGAACUUUCUCUAUUUUCCAUCAACUAGGUUUACGGAAGUGGAAAGCAAACAAGGUCGUUUCAGUAUAUCAGGUUAGUAAGGUGCCUUGUGAGGUAAACAUCUUGUCUCCAAAAGUAACAGUAAAAGUGGUUCACAUUUAUUACGGUAUUGCCCACGGAGCAGGCACGCCAAAUUUAGGCAGACGUGCAUCGCAGAUCUCUUCAUAAAGGCGGAGAUAUCUUUGCUCAUAUGCCCUUUUAAAAAAGCACCGACGCUUAUCCGUGUGCUCGCCUUGGAGACCGAUUUUGUUACACCAAAAAUUAUAACGUUGACGACUUAAUGAUACAAGUCAAAUUUACGCUGACUUCGGAAAAGUUCUCCAGCUUACGCUUGCUGAUCCAUUCCUAACGUCUAAUUGAGAAGUUUGAGCUAUUUCGUCGUUGGGGGACACAUCCUCGAUUCAGUAACUGUGUUAAAUGAUAAAAACUUCUUCUGAGGUGACAGUGCCUUGUGUAAAGACUGUUGGCUCCCAUAACAUUUAAAUUUCCCGCCUUUUACUCGUAAAAUUUUUUAAGCGUAGGCUUACUAUAAUGAAUUAGUUUGGCUCACUAGAGAUAAGCUUCUAACUUAGGGCGUCCCUAAUUUUUCAGUAGAGAGGGACAUCUACAUGUAAGGUUUAACUAUCUCACUUAUUUGAGCGAUUUUGCACUGUUUCAAUUGUAAGUCAAUAACCAUGAUGAUAUCAAAAUGUCUUUGUUCCAUUAUUAUUUCUCAGUGAUUUGGUCAAUGGAUUAAUUCUUCUGAUGAACAGUGAUUUCUCCCAACCAGUCAACAUAGUAAGUUAUUGAACAUGAUUUCAGUGUAUACAGGAAGGGUUAUUCUUUGGAAGCCCCAAAAUAUUGAGAUGUUUUUACAAAUUACUUGCCAGCAGGCUUUCUCAGUACUUAGAAUCCCACCAUUGCUUUGCAGGGAAAUCCAGUGGAAUACACAAUAAUGGAGUUUGCGGAAAUGAUUAGUGCAACCGUGGGUAAGUAAAAGAUGAUUCUGGUAUGAAGAAUUUACGUCAUCCCCUCAUUCCCCCCCCCCCCCCCAAACACACACUGACGCACACAUCAUAUACUGGCAACAUAUGUAGUUGUUAUCUCGUCGUAUUGCGCCAAGAAAGUUGUUUAAGUAAGCGGUGCGAGUUUCUUGAACCAAUCACAGAGCUAUUUAAAGUAAAAUCAAAGCAAUCGUGUUUUAAUUUCGCUGCUCAAUUAAAAUUUGCCAUCAGAAUCUCUCUGACUGUACCCAGUCAACGAAUGAGACAUAAGCGGAAAGCAGUCAAGACUCGUUGCGUUGGCAACACAAACUGUGGUCUGGUUGAAAAGUAAUACUGGAUUGUGUUGGUUUAUUUUUCGUCGCAUUAUGAAUUGGUUUAAAAGAUUCGCGCCACUAAGUUUUCUUGUUUUUACCUCUGUGACAUUUACCCUUGUUUUCUCUUUGUCGAUGUGAUUAUUUGGUUUGGAUUUUAUGACAAUCGAUGGAAGGAAACGUGACUGUGAUUUUGGCGUAAACUUUUAACUAAGAAUUCCAUUGUGGGUGCAGUGAUCUUUACACCAUGUUAAUUCAAACAUGAUUGAGGAGGUAAAAAACAGAUAAUUGCUUGUAAAAUUUCUCAGGUGGCAAAACAAUGAUCUCGAACGUUGCAAAGAUGGAAGACGAUCCUCAGAGACGUAAACCAGAUAUAUCUCGCGCCAGGAAAUACCUUGGCUGGGAGCCAAAGGUAUGAUUAAUCAACAUUCAUAAUCUUAUUUAGGAAAAGCAGUCAAAUAAGGAGUUAAGUGAGUUGAGCGGAAAUAAGAGAUUCGGAACUUUAGUGACAGCAUGUUUUCAGAUUUUGUUUAAGAUUCAUUUUUUCAGUUUUGCAUAGAACAAGAACAAACGCGAUUUUUUUACGCGUUUUUACGUUUUGUACGCGUAGCGUACUCUAUGAAACCUUGCUUUCCUUAUUUACGCUCUACAUCGUUGCAAAUUUCGAAGUGGCGUCGACCACGGUUUUCGCGCCAAACCGCCUCUCAGAAGAGGGGUGCAAAAUCAUGACGUGGGCCUACGUUAACGUCCUCUAAGAAACAGGUUGCCCCUUAGACGCUCUGGUGCACAAGGGCGUUGCCUGUAUUUUCUACAACUCCCACUUCUACACAUAGUCGAAGAGUUCUAAAACGUGAUGUGCCAUGAACUGUGAUAAGAGGUAAACAAAAGUAAAGAAGGAAUAACUGAGGAGAAUGGGUCAAACAGAAAAUGUAAAAUCAUUUUAACGCGGUUGCAAGAAAAGGCUUUUCCAUUUACUUUCUGUUGUGAGGUUUUAACUGAAACUGUUUUACAAAUGCUUCAAUGAGAAAUAUUUAAGAUAAAAAUUUGAAAAACUGAUAGUUAAGAUAUUUUUUUCCUACUUUCUCUCGACAGGUGCCUUUGCUAGUCGGCCUCAAUCGAACAAUUGCAUAUUUUAAAAAAGAGCUGGACAAAUCCAAGAAAUCCAAGUUAAUAGACCUGUAGCGACUCAAGAAGAUUUUGUGUAUCAUUAACGCAAAAGGAGUGUCUUGCUAUUGAAUUCAGCCCGGAAAUAAGCCAACUACGACGUGAUAAGAAAGUUAUCCACGCAAAGAGAGACUUUCAUUAGUUCAGCCUACACACUUUUUUGAAGGACAGCUCAAAUUGUAGGAGGAGCAUUUUACGAAUUUUUGUUUGACGACAUCACAUAGAACAAAUGAUGAAACAGUAACCUCUAGGCCUUGUGAUUUACAAAUCAAAACACUAAAUAGAGGAACAUACGAAAAACGCAUGCGCUUUUUGGUUUUGAAAGAAUGAAUGAAAAAGUUUGCUUUCGUAUUUGUUUUGUAUAUCAUACAUGAAUUUUCAUUAUUUAUUAAUUUAUUUAAUAGUUUUUUAAAUUUUACAAGUGAUCUUAAGUUGGCUUGGUGUAGCUUUGAGUAGCUUCGUUUUCUUUUCAGUAAUAGUUUAACCCAGUCUCCUUCACAGUCGUUUUUUAGACUAUUUUGAACUCUCACCAUCCACACAACUGAGAACAUUUUCCUGUGCUUAACGUGCACUACAUGUUUCUGGGUUCCAAUUUUCUACACCGGUUUC